AAUACACGAACUUUGAUAAAAGUUGCAAUUUUCAUCUGAACUUUCAAAUUAGCCAAAAUAUAACCCCAUUUUUUUUUUUUAAAUGCCAAUGUUUUGGAUAACAACUAAAUAAAGUACAUUUUUUUUGGAAAAAGACGUCAGCUUUUUUAUUUAAAAGCUGAAAAAUAUUUUUUUUAAUGCAUGAAACAACUUUAAAAAAUACCCAAAAAAAUAGCCAAUUUGCAAGAGGCAGGAAUCGAACUCUUGCCCAUGUAUUUUGAAGGCUAUAACUUAACCAGUUGCGCCACUACACUAUUUCGAAAUAAAAUGUACUCUAUUAAAUAUAUACUUACUAUAAUAAACAAAUUUAAACAAAUAUAAAGUAUUCAUAUCAAUAUCAGGCGCGACAUUCACCCAUCUGCGCGAACUUCAUUCGAAACCCUGUUCCGCGCCAUCUCAGAAAAAAGCGCGGGCAGACGCCGUCUUCACCGUCGCCGGCAGGCCUCGUGGACUCCGGCGACAUCUCACUGCUAUAUUCAAUUUUCAAUUCGUUCGGAACCCUCGCCCGACCAUCCCAGUUGAAGCAAUUCACCGCUGCCUCAUCUGAGUAAAAAUCAGUCGCCAUCGCAGCCUCGUGGACUCCGACGUCGACGUCGUCUUCAGCAUCGCCGGCACGCCCUUUUCGAAAGGAUUCAUCUUCUUUGCUGCCUCAAGCAACACCUUUAAUUAACUGCAACUCAAUCGGAGGUUUACAUAAUAGACUUUGGUCUUGCUAAGAAAUAUAGGGAUCUCCAGACUCAUAGGCACAUUCCCUACAGGGAAAACAAGAAUCUCAUUGGCACUGCUCGCUAUGCCAGUGUUAAUACACACCUAGGGGUUGAUUUGUAGAUUGGAUGGCUUCAAUUAGCAGCAGGAACUCCACUGUUGCAUCUUCUAAGUCAAAGAGAGGAAAAAUUUGUUUAAAUGGUGUUGCUCAGAGAAGGGCCAAAGGAAUCAAGCAUGUAGUCGAGUUCAAUAAAUAUGGACAACCAGUGGGCAAAGUUGCAGCUGAAAUGCAGAGCUAUAUUGGGCUACUUACUCGGGAGCAUGUUAAGAUAAAUAUUAAGACUUGGAAACAAGUGCCAGAUGAUGUGAAAGAGGUUAUUUGGGAAUCAGUGACAUCAUCUUAUGAAGUUCCUCAGGCAUGGAAGGUUGGUUGCAUGAAAUCAGCCAGUGUGAAAUGGCGUAAUUGGAAACAUGCUCUUCGUAAAGAAUAUAUUCUGCCGAAUGAAAAAGAUCACGUGAAGUUGUAUGAACCACCACAAGGAAGUGGUAUUUCAGAAAGAGAAUGGAAUCAAUUUGUAAUAUAUUGUAUUUCCAAUGAUUUCAAGAAUCUAAGUGAUGAGCAAAAGGAAAGAAGACAGAAGAAUAUAUACCCGCAUCGACUGUCUCGUAAAGGAUAUGCCGCCCUGGCUGAAGAAAUGAAGGAUGAGUUACUUGGUGAUGAGAACAUUGAUAGAGCUAUAAUGUGGAAGAAAGCUAGAUUGAAAAAAGAUGGGAGCGUAGAGAAUGAAGACUUGAAGAAAGUUGUUGAAAAAAUUGAUGAACGUCUACGUGAAAAGGAGCAAGGAGAUUCGACUAAGGUAGAUGGGUUUUAUGUGAUGCGGUUUAUGAAAGAGAUUGUGAAAGCAUGUGAAGAUGUUGAUUCCAUUAGCGUGGCAUCGCUGUUUAAAAAAUGCGAAUAUUCUGAAAGUGAGAUCAACGAGGUUCGUGAGGAUUGGGCAGGUUCUAUCAUUAAUGAGAUAUGACAUGUGAUAUGGAGAACUUCAAGGCUGAGUUGAUAUGGUUUCUUAAUUGCCUUUUGGACAUAUUAUAAUUUUGUUGGUGUUGGAUGUAAUUUUGGAACAUACUAUAUUAGAUAAUUAGUGAAUUGGAGGAUAUAUUAUUGUUUUUUGAAUGUUGGAGAUGUUGUAAUGGAUUGUGUUUGAGGAUUUUGGACAGUUUAUAAUUAUGAAUGUUGAAAUUGACA